ACUUUUCUUUCUUUCUAAUAAAUAGCAAUGCCUGGCAGACUUUCUGGUAAAGUAGCAAUUGUCACUGGUGCAGCAAGUGGAAUUGGCCUUGAAACAUCAGUACUAUUUGUCAAAGAAGGAGCAAAGGUCAUAUGUGCCGACUUGAAUGAAGAGGGAGCCAAAAAGACUGCUGCUAGAAUCGCAGCUACAUAUGGCGAAGGAUUGGCUAUUGCUGUAAAGGUCGACGUGUCCAAGGAAGAUCAAAUAAAGAAUGUAGUCGAUCUGGCUGUUGAAAAGUUUGGCAAAUUGAGUAUUAUGUUCAAUAAUGCUGGUGUUAUGCACCCAGAGGAUGACAAUGCUUUGACAACUGAAGAACGCAUCUGGGAUCUGACCAUGGGUAUCAAUGUAAAAGGUGUGUGGUAUGGUUGCAAGCAUGCCAUUAUAGCUAUGCGUAAAAGUGGCGGUGGAUCAAUUAUCAACACUGCCAGUUUUGUUGCCUUGAUGGGUGCUGCUACUCCACAGCUGGCCUACACUGCUUCAAAAGGUGCUGUCCUUGCCAUGACACGAGAGCUUGCUAUUGUCCAUGCUCGUGAGAAUAUCCGAUUCAACUCUCUUUGCCCUGGUCCUCUUCGGACACCAUUACUGAUGGAUUUCUUAAACACUGAAGAGAAAAAGACUAGACGUCUUGUCCACGUUCCACAAGGAAGAUUCGGUGAGGCCAUUGAGCAGGCUUACGGGGUACUCUUUCUGGCUUCGGAUGAGAGUUCUUACGUCACAGGCACUGAUUUCCGUGUUGAUGGUGGUAUUGCAUCUGCUUACGUUACACCCGAAGGCGAACCAACUGGCCCUGUUCCAAAGAACUUUGCCGAUCAAUAAACAUCAGGAGACUUCUUUUACUUACUUCUAACCUAUAUAUGUAAUCUGCACUUCAGAAUACUAUCAAAGUAUUAUCGCUAUCUAUUAGUUUAUGAACAGAUAUUGUCCUGUUAUCAUUAUAAAAAUAAAGGAAAAAUAUAAAAGUCUUAUUAUUUGAUUC